CAUAAGUACACCUUAAUCUUAGUAAAUUAAAAAAAAACUAUUUUGAUUUUAUUUUCAUUUGGUUUCGUGUUUCUAAACAAAAAAAUUCAAAACAACAUCAUCAAUUUCUCCAAGUUAUUCCUGUUUUCUUCUGGAAGCCUUGGUGAAGAUUGAAAGAUGUAACCCUUUUCCUGUAGCAAUUCUUUGUUUUCUUUGGGUAAAUCCCGGUUUGGAGGGGCGAGCCAUUUCCAUCUCAUAAUAUAUGUCGAAGGGCAAUAUUUUUGCUUUUAAAAUACCGAGCACUCAGUGCUAACCGGCAGGGCACAAGAUGUAGGAGGAAACUGCUUUCAAAAAAAAAAAAAAAUGGAUAAGCACCAAAUUUGCGUCCCUUCCCCCAAAAUUUCUCCUACUUGUACAAAUGACCGGAUUAGAAAGAGUCUUUUCUAAAUACCUUAUCUCCGGUCCCCUUAAUAUUUCAUAUAAGGUUCUAAGGUCUUUCAUGCCUUAGACCGGGCGCACGGCAGAGGGCGCGGCAUGCAGGAUUUUCUUUCCCCCUUUCUCUAUAGCGGUGUAUGAGGGUGAGUUCUCAAUCCAUCCCUCCCCUUCUCCUGUGAGAUUUUUCACCUCCCUGGUGUCUCUUCUGCAAUACUCAAUUCUGGACGGAGCUGUGGUGAGGUCGUUGGAGUUGAAAGAGUCUCAUCUGGGAACUGGGAAUUUGGGAGGACUGUUUGGGGAGGAUGCAUUAGAGAGAAAUUGAAGAAAACUUUCUUUGAAAACAACCAAAUUUGAAAGAACAAGAGGGGGGAAAAAGCGAUUGGUGGAGGUCCUGGAACAAACUCAACGAGAGCCAGCCGUCACCGCAUAAACCAAUGAAGUAGAAAACAGCAACCGAAAAAAAAAUUACACAACGCAGUCUUUACUUGCCAAACAACUUCAUCCGCAUCAUGAAUAGCAACAAAACAGCUUUGGAGCAUACUACUGUAACAACUUCAGCAGCCAAAAGCAGGAGCAAGUUGAAGAGACAAGGCACUCCUUUGUGUGAUUGGAGUGAGGGUGGAGACGCCCCGGCAGCAGCCGGUGCCCCGGGUUCUGCAGAGCUGGGCAGGAUCCCCGCCAAGAGUUCGCUGGUAGCCCCAGGCAGGCAGCCGGAGCGGGGGGAGCCGCUACACAGCAUGGCCCGCGCUGGAGAGGCCCAGGGCUUUGAGAAGUUAUUGCCUCAGUUGGCGGCUUUUUACGCCAUGGCAUUUUUGGUGGCUUUUCCGCCACUUCAAAUGCCUGGGGCCGCAGGUGAAAUGGAAAUACCUAAUACAAAUGACCCUUUGAGUCAAUUGGAUGGACCUGAUAGCUCUAUUUCUACACCAAGAGGAUACUAUUUGAAUUUUUUGGAACCAGUAAACAAUAUCACCAUAGUCCAGGGACAGACAGCAAUUCUCUACUGCAAAGUGGAAGGAAAUCCACCUCCAAACAUCAGAUGGCUAAAGAAUGAUGCACCUGUCGUUCCGGAGCCACGUAGGAUCAUCAUCAGGAAAACAGAUUACGGUUCCCGUUUAAGAAUACAAGAUCUGGAUACCACAGACACUGGGUACUACCAGUGUGUGGCUACCAAUGGAAUGAAAACCAUCACAGCAACAGGAGUCCUUUUUGUCAGGCUUGGUCCCACACACAGCCCAAAUCAUAAUUUUCAGGAUGAUUAUCAUGAAGAUGGGUUUUGUCAGCCCUACAGGGGGAUUGCAUGUGCACGAUUCAUUGGAAAUAGGACUAUUUUUGUAGAUUCCCUUCAGAUGCAAGGGGAAAUUGAAAACCGAAUUACAGCUGCAUUCACCAUGAUUGGCACUUCCACCCAUUUAUCUGAUCAGUGUUCCCAGUUUGCCAUCCCUUCCUUCUGCCACUUUGUAUUUCCACUCUGUGAUGAGUGGUCCAGGACUCCCAAACGUAGGGAGCUGUGCCGGGAUGAAUGUGAGGUGCUGGAGAAUGAUCUGUGCCGGCAGGAAUAUAACAUUGCCCGCUCGAAUCCCCUCAUCCUCAUGCAGCUCCAGCUGCCCAAGUGUGAGGAUCUACCACUACCUGAAAGUGCAGAGGCUGCCAACUGCAUGAGGAUUGGCAUCCCUGUGGAACGACUUAACCAAUUUCACCAGUGCUACAAUGGCUCUGGAUCAAAUUAUAGAGGAACUAUCAGCACCACUCAAUCAGGUCAUCAGUGCCAAGCCUGGAAUGUCCAAUAUCCACACAGUCAUCACCUUUCAAGUAUGGAUUUCCCAGAAAUAGCAGGAGGACAUGCCUACUGCCGAAAUCCUGGAGGACAAAUGGAAGGACCAUGGUGUUUUACACAGAAUAAAAACGUACGCAUGGAACUGUGUGACAUACCUUCUUGUAGUCCCCAGGAUAACAGCAAAAUGGGAAUCCUCUACAUCUUGGUUCCUAGCAUUGCAAUACCUUUGAUCAUUGCAUGCCUUUUCUUCUUGGUCUGUAUGUGUAGAAAUAAACAAAAAGCAUCUGGUAUUACACCACAGCGGCGCCAGUUAAUGGCAUCCCCUAGCCAGGACAUGGAAAUGCCACUUAUUAAUCAACACAAACAGGCCAAACUCAAGGAGAUCAAUCUGUCCACUAUAAGGUUCAUGGAAGAGCUAGGAGAAGACAGAUUUGGGAAAGUCUACAAAGGUCAUCUCUUUGGUACAACACCAGGGGAACAGACACAAACUGUAGCCAUUAAGACACUAAAAGACAAAGCAGAAAUAUCUCUCCGAGAAGAAUUUAAACAUGAAGCCAUGAUAAGAUCAAGGUUACAACAUCCAAAUAUUGUAUGUUUGCUGGGAAUCAUGACCAAAGAACAACCUAUCAGCAUGAUAUUUGGUUAUUGUUCCCACAGUGACCUACAUGAAUUCUUGGUCAUGAGGUCUCCCCAUUCAGAUGUGGGAAGUACUGAUGAUGACAAGACAGUUAAAUCUACAUUAGAACCUGCAGACUUUUUCCAUAUCAUAGUACAAGUAGCUGCAGGGAUGGAGUACCUUUCUAGCCAUCAUGUUAUCCAUAAGGAUUUGGCCACUAGAAACAUACUUGUAUUUGAUAAGCUCAAUGUAAAAAUAUCAGACUUGGGCCUUUUUAGGGAAGUUUAUUCUGCUGAUUACUACAAAUUGAUAGGAAAUUCUCUUCUCCCUAUUCGAUGGAUGUCCCCUGAGGCAAUUAUGUAUGGAAAAUUUUCCAUUGAUUCUGAUAUAUGGUCCUAUGGAGUAGUGUUGUGGGAGAUAUUCAGCUAUGGUCUGCAGCCAUAUUGUGGAUACUCUAAUCAGGAUGUCAUUGAAAUGAUAAGGAAUCGGCAAAUUUUGCCCUGUCCUGAUGAUUGUCCUGCCUGGGUGUAUACAUUGAUGGUAGAGUGUUGGAAUGAAUUUCCCAACAGAAGACCAAGAUUUAAAGACAUCCAUAAUAGGCUGAGAACCUGGGGCAAUCUUUCUAAUUAUAAUAGCUCAGCCCAAACAUCUGGAGCAAGCAAUACCACACAGACAAGUUCUCUUAGCACAAGCCCAGUGAGCAAUGUCAGCAAUGCCAGAUACAUUGGACCCAAACAGAAAAGUCAGUCUUUCUCUCAACCACAGUUCAUUCCAGUGAAAGGGCAGAUAAGACCCAUGGUCCCAACUCCUCAGCUAUACAUACCAGUGAAUGGUUAUCAGCCAAUGCCUGCUUAUGGUACUUAUUUGCCAAAUUUUUACCCAGUCCAAAUCCCCAUGCAAAUGGCCCCUCAACAGAUGCCUUCCCAGAUGAUUCCCAAACCAGGAUCCCACCAUAGUGGCAGUGGAUCUACAAGCACAGGCUACGUAACAACAGCCCCCUCCAACACAUCUGUAGCUGACAGGGCAGCUCUUCUCUCAGAGGGAAAUGAUGAUGCUCUCAAUACAGUGGAAGAUGUAGCUCAGAAUCCUGUCCAGGAAGAAGAAGAAGGCUCUGUUCCUGAAACAGAGUUGCUAGGUGACAAUGAUACACACUUACAAAUAGAUGAAGCAGAAACUCCAUCAGAAGCAUAGGUAAAGGAGAUAACCUCUUAACUUGGUUUCAUCUUCUUUGUGGGGCUAUUUUUAAAACUGUGAUCCUCUAAGGAAUAUCUGAUCAAUUAAUUGACCAGACAACUUGGCCAUCACUGACACAAUAGAAAGCAAAUACUAGGGGCAACAGUAACGAUAUUCCACAUACCGAUGAGAUUAUUGCAGACUUGAUAAUAUAGAGCUGCUACUUUGCUUUUGUCAAUAAUCCUUGAGAGAAACUGCUCUAAGAUACUGUUGCUGUGCAACAUAUUGCUGAGUAGCCUUGCACAUCAUGUCUAUCAUGGUCUGUGAUUGAUUGUAUUUUUAGUCAAAUUCCUAAGCUGGACAGAGAGAGAAGAGGAUUGCUUUGAGAGUCCUAAAGUGAGAUAGCAGAAUAAACGGCUGUAAUGUAGUUUAUCGUACUUGAUGGGAUUUAAAAUAAUAAUAAGAAUGAGCCGCAGACAUUUGUUUCUAAGAAAAAAUAAACUUAAAAGACUAUCUUUUUUUGGAUCAAAAUGGCUCAAAACUCUAAGAAAACAGAAUUAAAGAAGGCAGAGAAAAUUGUUUCCAAUGAGUAAUGUGGCAGAACUUUCUAAAUAAGGUUGGAGCAUGAAAAAGAGCUUUCCCUCCCUUUGCUGCAUUACUCUUUUCUCCCUCUAGUGACUAAAAAACUUAUUACUUUACAAAUCAGAAGAGAAUGGAAUAUUUACUGUGUGCUAACCAAACCCACCUUUGCAGCUUUAUGUUGGUUGUUAAAUAUUAAAAAAGAAAUUUUUGAAAACGUCUUCUAAAUGUAUUUAAAUUGGUGCCUUAAAAAAUACACACAUGUAUUUUAAAAAUCAAAUAAUUUUAAUGAUUUUGCAUGUCUGCCUGCCACUUUUCAGGGAAAGUGACCUUUGACUUUGAAAUAUCAAAAAAAAAAAUACUAUACAGAAUACAGUUUUGUUCCUUUUUCCUUAAAUGAAUCGUGUACAGAGCUUAAAAUGUAAUUUAUAUUUUAUUACAUUUCAUAUAUCUUUUUCACUGAUGCAUUUUCAUCUUUAAUAAGGAUUUUGUAAUUUAAGUGUUCUUGUCCAUUUUGGGAUGCAAUUUCAUUGUAUUUUAUAGUGUUCAUUUUUAUAAAAUAUGAAAAUAAGGUCCAUUCAUUUCAUGAAUAAUUCUAUAAAAACACAUACACACUGUAUUGUGGCUAGUGUACAUCAUAGUCAUUAUUUGUAAAUCCAAUAUCUAUUGGAUACAAUAAACUGAUAGAGAAAGUUUGAUUGAUUAAUUUAUCUUUAGGACUCUUUUUUAUGGUAGCAAUAAAAUGUUGAAAAAUGGUUGAUUUUCUCAAGACUGAAGCUGUCAGAUUUAAUAAUAAAUUAAUAAUAUUGCCAAAUAUUUAAAUUUUGUAAAGAUAUUAGUCAUUUAAAAACAGCAAAUAUUUAAGAACUAAUCAUUUACAUAAAGCAAAUAACUUUAACAAAUUUAUUAAAGCAAAUAAUAAAGGUCCCUUAAAGGAUCUUUUCUGGAUAAUAUAUUGCCACUUUGUUUUCAACAUAUGACCUCAAAAGAAAAAAAAAUGUAUUUCCUUAAAAAACAUUCUACUUAUGAUUGUGGUUUUUUUUUUUUUUUCAUUCUUACCAGACUUCCUCAUAAAUUACUCUGAAUUACUGAGGUUUCAUUGGAAGAAAAAUUUUACACACAGGGAGAAAAUACUGUAACAGUGAAUCACAAGAAUUUAUUUAAAAGAGACAAGGAUAACACAAUACUUUUUAUUCUGAUAGUAAAACAGAAUACUAAGGGAUAACAGAAUAGCUUUUUUAAAAUCAUGAUCUAAUAAAAAUGGAAAUUAAAGUUAUUUUUUCUAAACCAGGACUUAAUAUAUCCAAAGAUACCAGUUUCUCAGCAUAAUUCUAUCCCUAGAAUUCUUUACUACCUUCUACUAGGAAUUAAAAUUCAGUUUUACUUACUUCUGAACUAAAUUUCUAAAGGCCAAGCUAAUGAAAUUUCAUAAUUUCAUUAGUAAAUAAAGAGUAGAGAUGAAGAAUGUAAGGGGAGUAACUAUUUAAUUACCAAGAAGCAAAAUUCCCUGCCACACCCAACUCUCACUCCUUUUGCAGGGAGAAGAGGUGGAAAUGAGUGGAGAAAGAAAGAACGGGUUUUAUAUUACAUUUCUGUUACUACAUCAAAAUUGUCACUUUGUAGAAAAUUCAUUGUAAUACACUUUAAUAUUCUUGAUUUGGGGAGGGUGUUUCUAUUUGUUUAGGUAGUUUUUUGUUUAUAUUUCAUAGAAUCUUAAGACUGUUGGAGCUAGAAAGAUAAUUUAGAACAAAAUAUCUCAUCUAUAAUUAUAAUUAUUUUUAAUAGUCUGCCCUUUUUAAUCUUUUCUUCUAUUUUGUCAUUUUGACCUUUUAAAAUUGUAUCUCUUGUUUUGAUAGUUCUUUUUUUAUUUUAAAAAACUGUUGUUUAUUGUUCUCCCCUCACCUUGUGUAUUUUCAUACCACAUAUUCACACUAAUUGGAGAUUAGUCUUUUUGAAUUUUAGUGUAUUUUAAAGACAAUUCACUUUAUUACUUUCAAACAUUUCAAUUAAAUAGAUCCAGGCUAACUAUUAAUCAGUGAAGGCCUUGUGAUUCCUGAUCUGCAUUGAUAAAGUAGAUUAAACUUUCUCUUUUGCUUAACAUUCUCAUUAACUUAAUAGAACUUUUUUUUUCCAUAAUGAAAUAACUUUAGCCCAAUCCUGUCCAAACUCAAUAGAAUAACUUUUAAGCAAGCUAAUAUAAAAAUGUAGAACUCACAUAAAUGAAAUCCUCCCCCCCAAAAAAAACCCAAAACUCUACCAUCAGAUCAGUUUAUCAGUGAAUUCGUUUAACAUUAAAAAAAAAAUCAAUUCCCUUAUUACAUAAACUACAAAAAUAAGGAAAUGAAAGGAAUCUUCAACACUGAGACAAAAAAAUAUGGUUUUAAUAGUUAUAUUAAGAAGAAAAUCUUAAACCACCAGUACUCCUAAUAAACUUUUAAAUGAAAUGCUAGCAAAUAGACUAUAAAUACACAUUAAAAAAAUUAUACACUACAGCUUGGAUUUAUACUAGGAAUACAGGAUUGGUUCAGUACUCAAAAUUCUAUAAACAUGAUUGACAAUAAAACAACAAUCAAAAUGAUAUGAUUUUAUCAAUAAAGAAAAAAAUUUUGAGAAAAAACAGCAUAUUUCUAUUUUUAAAAGGAUACCUAUAUACAUAAUGGGAAUAAUCUAUCAAAUCAAAUUUAUCAAAGCAAAUCUGUCCAUCAUCACCAGUAUUAUUGGUAAUAGUAUUAGAAAUACUCAUUGUAAGAAUGAGACAAUAAAAAGAAUUGGGGAAAAUAAAGAUAGAGAAGAAAAAAUUAUUUUUUAUUGUUUAUUAUGGUUCUUUGUGGGUGAUAUUUUAGAAUGUUUUCUUAUACUCAGAGAAGUCUGAAGUCAGAUUUCAUCAGUUAUUGGUAAGCACUUUUUUUUUCUUUUUGACAAUAGUAACCUUGGAACUGGAGUUGAGAAUACCAUUUUUACAAAAUUAUAUAAACAGUAAAAGAAUAAAUGUUU